CGCCCUUUUUCGGAUGCAGCCACGACGAAGCUGCGUAGUUCUCGGAAUACUCCGCAAGGUUUGAGAUCACAGGCCAGUGGUGGAUACGAUGAGUUGCGAAGACAAUAUUGGGACUGGUUACGGGUCUAUUAUGGUAUACAGCCGAUGGAUUACCUGAGCACUAGCCAGGGAACGAGCCACAGAACACCCGGGCUAACGGAUAUGGCGAACUAUCGAUAUACUCCAGCAAGACGCGUGGACGAUGAAGACUCGUAUGCUCCGGUUCAGCCGGCUUAUGGCAACACAAUAUCACCAGAAACCAAUGCCUAUGUGGACGAUUCGUACGGGAAAGCUGAAGAUAGUGCAGCAUCUAACGCUAUGUUCUACGACCCAGCGAGUCCGUUUUUCGGUAUGGACCCACAGCUCGCUGGAUUUGUUCAGAAACAUAACGUUGUGAUGGGAGAUGGGGCUGUGUUGAACAUUACUGCCAUGAAGGAGAAAGCUGCAAUGGAAGGAAAACCUAAAAAAAAAUUCACACCUCCGUUUGGCCUCACUCUAUGUCAGUUUAUCUUCAUGGUUAUCGGCAUUCUUCUGGGGAUAGCUAUUUUGAUCAUCGCAUUGGUCGUGGGCCUGGUGUACGGACUACGUUUAGUCAGACCAUCCUAUCCACACGCUACACCUUGGUGGCGCAGGGCGCAAAUGUACCAGCUCAAUGUGGCUACAUGGGCCAACGAUUUCGAUGGACCGGUCGGCCGGUUGGAGGAUGUGAUUCCACGUAUGACCUAUUUGUCAGUACAAAUUGGUGCAACCAGCGCUAUUUUGACCGAUCUUUUGGCCAGUGACAGCCAUGGAAUCACCAAUUGGACUGCAGUAUCAAACCAGGUUGCGGCACCUGAUGAGGCCAUGUCACAACUCAUUCCAAGGCUGGUCAGUCAGGCAAAACAACCUCGUGGACCCAUUCAGAAAGCUAACCCCAUUAACUUGCUUCUCGGCAUGCCACUCUAUGCAACCAGUGCGAAACACUCGUGGUUUCAACAGAGCAAACUCUCAGUUGUUUCGAAAUUCACAUACUACUACAUAUGGCAGUCAACACCGCCUGCAAGUCCCCAAGAGCAUCGGUAUUUUGCCUACGAUGCGGUGAGGAUGGCCUAUUACAGACACGUUCAUGGGAAUCCAAAUGUGCCACUGCUCAAUUUGACAAAUCCGGAUGUUCAGACGGAAAUGAAGAAAGUCAUUGAGUUUUGGAGAGCAAAACUAAACAUCAUGGGAGUUCUCAUCACAAAUUCGACCAAUGUGAUUCCUGAUAUGAUUCCACCUCUCAGGAGCAUUCUGAAUGGUCAGACAGACGAAAACUUCGUUUGGUUUGCUGACAACCCAGCUGCAGAUGCGAAAAUUAACACAGGAAGCAAAGUGUGUUUCUUCACAUUGCAGAUUAGACGACGAGUUCCCACUCGAACGAACGACAUAACUGAUCAGAUUAUGCAAGCCAUGGCAGAUCCACGCCUAGGAACUUGUAGUCCAAUUUGGAGAGUGGAUCAAAUGAGUGAGGACAACAAAGACUUUCUCACAAUUCAGGAGCUGGCCUAUUUUUUGCCUGGGAGCUACCUCAUGAUGGCAGGCCAAGAGGUAGAUCUUUCGAACGGUGAAACCGACUUGAUGGCCUGGUCGUACAAGUCGUUCAAUGAUUUUUCAACCUACUGCCCCGCAAAUAUCAUGCUACCGAACAAUGGCAUGAACCGCUUGCAGAGUUGGCGGGCCUACUGGACUGCGGCGUCCGGUGUGGGCUUAUUGUCAACCGCAAUCGACCAAGGUCGAGUUGUGAUUUUCCCACCGAGUCUAACAGAUAAUCUCCUCAAUAUUUAUCGGAAACACAGAGAAUCAAAUGUCCGUGCUUACUUCGUAGUGAGCUUUCAGACACUGAACACGGUGGUUCAAUUUUCCUCCUCUGUAUUCUUUGACAUAAAGUCGCCACAAGUUGAAGUUGCCUACGAUUCAAAGCAAGUUUACCACGGACGACGUCAGUUUGGUUCGACAACUCUGUUCAAUAAUCAAGUCCUGUUGCUGUAUUACUAUUGAUCAUCCGGAGUUUUUACUAGCCCAACCUAGGACCACCACACCUGUGUUCCAGUUGACCGAAUAAUAUUUUCACAAAACUUUCUUCACCAAAUGAUUUUUAUAACAAUUAUUUGAAAAUACUUUUGAUUCUGCUCCAUUUGCCGCCAAAACUGCCCUUGUACAUAAAUUCAUGCAAAAAAUAGAACAUGAGCCUUUUUC